AGCAGACGCUCGCGGUCCAGUACAAGCAGGUGAAGGGAAAGAAGCCGCCGACGAAGUUCAUCGCUGGCCACAGGUACCUGAACUCCCGCGCCUUCCGCAUCGGCUUCGCCCACUGGCAGCGCGUGCGGAAUUCCCAGCUCGGCUCCGCCGAGGUCGAUGAAGAAGACGUGGAGGAUGUGGAUGACUCGAUCAUCAGGCGUCACCUCGAGGACGCGCUGGAGAUCCAGGCGUCCACCCGAGCGCCGCUGCACCGCGUGCACAUCACGCGGUGGUACGUGUGGCUCGGCGAGCCCGCCGCGGCCGCGCUCGAGUGGUUCGACGCGGCGGGGUACCACUUCGCGUGGUACGACGUCAGGCACUGCGGCGACGACCGCUUCGUGCUGUGCCAUCGUCCACGUCGUUGAGGCGC